ACAUAGCUGAUUUCCUGACUCUCAUUCUACACCACCAUGGUAUGGCUACCUGCUCAACCUGUGGUCAUUGUUUCAUUUCGGUCUUGGGUCGUCGUCGCAUCCGCUUUCACGCCGCGACGCCGCCCUAUAUACAUGUGCAACCAUCCAUGUCUCCAUUUGCUUCACCACACAGAGCGAGCAUCAUGAGCCCAUGGCUAAAUCUUCCCCCGCCCCUGGCCUCCUCGUCCAAUCACAAAGAUUGGCAGGUUGCAUCGUAUGCUAAAAGAAAUCCAUCCCAUGCGCUGUUUGAUAUCAAGGCACCCAAAAACACCGGCAGAAACGACACGCCUCCCGCACUAUCAUCAUCCGUUAGGACAUAAUGAUGCCUC